AUGGCGACCGGAACUGUCGAGGAUUCCUCAUCUGAGGCGCAGAGUGGCUCUGUCCCGAGCUCGCUUCCGUUCAAAACCAACAGCAUACGACAUGGCAUCCACGAGAAGGAGAAGCAUCUGGUCCAGUCCUUCCGAUCCGUUCCGCAGAAGAUCGCAAACCCGUUCCUCGUUACCGAUCGCGCAGAUGAGAAACAGUUAUGUAUAUCUUCAAGAAGGCUUGAACUGCAGGACUUCAAGCUCCUGAAAACACUGGGCACUGGCACCUUUGCCAGAGUAUGGCUCGCCAGAUUGAAGAACCAGGAGGAUAAGAAGAAAGUAUACGCGCUAAAGGUCCUACGAAAGGCCGAUGUGAUCAAACUGAAGCAGGUGGAACAUGUGCGCAAUGAACGCAAGACACUUGCAGCAGUCAACGGACACCCGUACAUCACGAAUUUGAUUGCAUCAUUCUCGGACGAACAAAGCUUAUACAUGCUGUUGGAUUUCUGCCCUGGAGGCGAGAUCUUCACAUAUCUUCGACGAGCACGACGAUUCGACGAAGAAACCUCAAAAUUCUAUGCCGCCGAAAUCACAAUGACAAUUGAAUUCCUGCACGAUAUCCAUGGAGUUGCCUAUCGCGAUCUCAAGCCCGAAAAUAUCCUCCUCGAUGCCGACGGCCAUAUCAAGCUCGUGGACUUUGGAUUCGCCAAACAGGUCGACAAUCGCGAGACCUACACGCUAUGCGGCACACCAGAAUACCUGGCUCCGGAAGUCAUCCAUAACAGCGGGCACGGACUAGCGGUGGACUGGUGGGCUCUUGGCAUUCUGAUCUACGAGUUCUUGGUGGGCCAGCCUCCCUUCUGGGACCAGAAUCCCAUGCGUAUCUAUGAGCAAAUUGUUGAAGGCCAUAUACGCUUCCCUCCUAACAUGCCCGCAGCAGCGCAAAACAUUGUCUCGCUUCUUUGCAAAACCAAUCCUUCCGAACGACUGGGAUAUAUUUCUGGCGGCUCCGGUCGUGUGAAAGCCCAUCCAUUCUUUGCAAAUGUUGUGUGGGAUGAUCUCUUUUAUCACCGGGUCAAGGGUCCGAUUAUUCCCCGAGUAUCACACCCCGCCGACGCAGGCAAUUUUGAGGAAUACCCGGAAACCGACGUUAGGAAGCAGAAUGUCUACACGGAGGACCAGAAAAAGAAAUACGAGCCUCUUUUCAAGGAUUUCUGA